AUGGGCACUCGAGAUCCGAGCUUGCGCACUGAGCGCCUCCAUUGUCUGGCCAGAAGCAGCGGCGGCGGCAGAGCGGAGAGGAACGGGACGCCGAUCCGCGCGCAUGGGAGCGGCUUUACUAGCAGGGCGGGGCGGCCCCGGGGUGCUUUUCCCGGUGUCUCUACGGAUGACAGCGCAGUGCCACCCUCGGCCCACUUCGGCCACUACCGGCCGAGCGGCACCAUGGGCCUGCGGAGCCGCUCUGUGAGCUCCGUUGCCGGAAUGGGUAUCGAGCACAGUCCCGCCGUGCCCUUCGGCUUCUACACUCCAAGGGGUACGGACUCGGAUCGAGUUGGAGGGGGGUCAGGGGGCACGACAGCCGCCCCCCACGGUACUGGCUACCAGGACACUGGGGUUGGAGGACACCACACGGACGGGGUGCUGUAUCUGGGGUCCCGGGGGUCGCUGGCUGACACCUUGCCCCUGCACAUCGCACCCCGCUGGUUCAACGCGCACAGUGGAUUCAAGUGUCCUGUCUGCUCCAAGUCUGUGGCCUCCAGUGAAAUGGAAGUUCACUUCAUCAUGUGUCUAAGCAAGCCUCGCCUCUCCUAUAAUGAUGAUGUGUUGGCGAGGGAUGCCGGUGAGUGUGUCAUCUGUCUAGAGGAACUGCAGCAAGGGGACACCAUAGCCAGACUGCCGUGCCUCUGCAUCUACCACAAAAGCUGUAUAGACUCAUGGUUUGAGAUCAAUCGGUCCUGCCCUGAACACCCCUCUGACUGACUGACCACCACGCCCACUACAAAUAGCCUAAUGUUUAAGGACAUCUUGUGGUCCUGCCAUGGAUAUCUGGACACAGACGCAACCAAAUCCAAUGAAACAAUGAAAGUGAUCAACACAUACUUAUCCUGACAGAAUUCAUCAUCCUAACCAAGAUAAUUAUCAUUGUGAACUGAACCAAAAAGAAGAAAAAAAACAUGACUGUCAAACCAUUGUACAUUAAUGGGCCCCUCCUGAGCCUGCCAUUUUAUGUUUGCUGAAGAGACUGGUUACAAACUCCCCUCCUUCCUUCUCCUCCCAUGUGUGCAGGCAAACAGUCCCUUAAAGGGCUUCAUUAGGCCUCAACUUUCCUUCCAACUCAGUUGUGGCCAGUUGCCUCCCUGACAUGCUCAGGUCCUCACAGCUCUCUCCCAUGGCCUUAUCUAGGGGGAGGAGAGGAAGCAGAGCAGGGAGGGGACAGGGAAGAGGAAAGAAAGGCAGAAGAAGAGGAUGAGAAUGAAGAGGGAAGAAACCGAAAAAUGGAGGACUGAUGAGUUGCAGAAGCUUACCAUGAGAAACAGACUUGUACAAUAACCUGUGGGUCUCUCAUCUCGCAAAAGGAUUCCAACUUGGUGACGUCCUCAGAUAACAAACUGGGUCCUGCUUCUUUAUCAUAGUUCCUACUUCAGUGUCCUUCCUUGACAAUUGGCUCAAAAAAAGUAAAAAGUCCCCCAAAUGCUUCUUAUUUGUGGUUUGUGAACACCUGGGCAGGCAGGGAAAUAUGAAGGGGGAAAAUGAGGAUGCCAGCUUGUCUUGUAGGUACAGGACCGAGUGGGGAAUGUAAAGAUGGACUGGGGCUGGAGAGGAACACUAUGAGCAUGCUGAGUUCUGGCUGGGAGGAAGGAAGGGGCCAGUAAUGUAGUUUACGCUCCUACUGUGUAAUGUGUGUCUGGAAUGCUCCAGGGUCAGGCUUUACCUGGAAUGUGUAUGUACACUGUGUGUGUGUGUGUGUGUGUGUGUGUGAGAGAGAGAGAGAGAGAGAGAGAGAGAGAGAGAGAGAGAGAGGGACAGUAUGAAAGGUCACUGUAGAAGGCUGACUAGGACAGUGCUGUGUGUCUGUAUAUUGAAAUGUUUACGGUCUAGAUAUCCAUGUUCUCUGUGUGUGUGUGUGACUGGCAGUCGUCCCUUUACUUUGCUGAUGUUUACAGCUGCAGAGAAGCAACAUGAUAUAUUGUAAAUGACAAAGGUGACCUUUCUCAGUUCUUUCUUUUUGGAUCUGCCAGAUUUUUCAUGUGAUGAUGAUUAGUCAUUUUCUCGUGAGAGCCUCGAGUGUGAGAGUGUGUGCCUCCGUGCAUAGGACUGUUUGUGCAUGUGUGUUUGAAUGUGUGAUUCAUGCUACUGUCAGUUCCCCACAUUGUGUUUAUGCUAGAGUAGGUCUGGAUGACUGUGACUGGAGACGUGAGCCACUCAGACCUGAAAAAGGACUCUGUAGUCCCAGUGUGGAUCCACUAAAUGGGGCUUAUUUAUUCAUUUGUUCAUAUUUAACAAUAUUUGUUUAAUAUUCCAACUAUGUGGGGUGUUACUCACUUUUCAGAAUGCCAAGACAUUCUGCCAAAACAAAAUACAAACAAACUGCAUUUACAAAACUACUGUAAACAAAUGGUGGAAUAAAUUGUGCUAGAUGACA